AUGUUGGGCUGGUUUGCUGGCUCAGGACGCGGUGAGUACACUGGCUUUGCAGACGACUGCAAAACCCAGGAAGCUCCAGAGACUCCCGCUCCCGUAUUUGCUUUUCGGGCAUUCAAAAAUGCCAUUGUGGGCACUCCAGGGCCCGAUGCUACCGACGAUGAGCUUACUGUCCCAAUUAGGUCACUAAAGCCUACUGUCAAUCAUUUGCAGCCAUCACUUCCAACAUCGGAUGUAUCUGCACAGCCAAUGGCUUCACCCACAAAGAGCAUUCUACUGACGCCAGGGACUGCGGCAACACGACGGAAGACUGUUUCGUUUGGCGAAGGAGUUGUGGAUAAUGAACGAAAAAAAUCUCUCUUCGAACCGAUUGCUUAUAAUGGUAAUAUAAGCCGGCAAUGGACAGGCAAACAACAUGAGGAAAGCGGCAAGAACAGAAACAAACCCACCAAAUCUCUCUUCGAGACUCGGAGCCAAAAACUAGGUGGGGAAAAGAAACGGGAUGAAAAUGACGAACUUUUUGAUAUUACCGAUCGAAUACACCCCUCACCCGAUAAGGAGGCCGGUCAACCUCGGAUGAAAGAAGAACAACGCAAGGAUGAGGAUGAAGAGGAAAACGAGGAGGAUGUGACGACAAAUCUUGAUGAACCGCACUCUCAGUCGGGAAUGUACUGGAAAUCUGAGUUCGAUAGUUAUAGAGCGAGGACUGAUCGAGAGAUCAAAAAGCUAAUCCAAUAUAGAUCGGUCGCGAAGUCUUACGCGAAGAAAAAGGAUUUGGAAAUGCGCCGUUUGUCAGAUAAAUUGAAACGAGAAGAGGCCAAAGUUGCGGAAAUGGAGCUUCGCGUUUCUAAGCUUGCAGCUGGAAUGGUAGAUGGUACCAACCAAAAUCAGUCAAACGAAGAUAUGUUUAAAGAGCUGUCCGAACAAACAGCCUUAGCUGUACAAUACAAGCGCAAAGCCGAUUCGCUACGGAAAGCCCUAGAGCGACACGGGGUGAUAGAGAGCGAUGGCGAGUCUCAAGAAAAUAGUGCAUCCUCGGAGGAUCUUCGCCAGCAACUCCGAAAAAUGGAAAAGGCGCUUGAAUUGGCUAAUUCCCAACUCAAGGAAUUCGAAAACAACAAAUUGGAUACCAACAAGCUUCAAGAUUUGGCUGAGAGUUCGGAACGUAAAGCGGUCGAACUUCAAAAAGAAAACAAAGCAUUAAAACUAAGUCUCGCCCGGUUUAAGGAAGAGAUGACAAAUUACGAAGAUAGGCGGAAAGCUAAAGAAGCCAGGUUGAAACAAAAAGAACAAAAGCUGCAGGACCGGGUCCAGGAAUACAAAAACCGUUUAGACGAGGCAAAACAACACCACCUAGAAGCGGAGCAAGUAUUAAGACAAUCCUUUAUCGAAGAAAAACAACACAUGCAGGAUAUGAUUGAUUCUCUCCGGCACAAUAUAUCAAUUGCAGAACACGCUUCUCAUAACAACGUUAGACGGAGAGGUGGAACAAAAGAAUGGCCCAACCGUUCGGGUCUGGACGGGGAGCACAACAUGGAGGAUUGGCAAGAUGGGAAGUAUAGUCCUCGCAAAGGGACCGAAGCGGCAGUUCGAAUCACCCAAGAUUAUAAAGUUAUGAAGGCAGGAAAUUCCAGAAAGGACCUUGUUAAAGAUGAAUAUGUUCCUGGAAGCGACAAUCUUGAAAAUACCCUUGACGAACAGAUUGAUAUGAUGGAACCUAAACCACGCCCGUUUGAGCGAAGUGAGGCUAGGGCUGGGGUCAUGAAACGGAGUCGAACGGAUACCUUGACUGAUUGCAACGAGGACGACAACGAGCCACCGACCAAUCCCCAGGAUUCUCCCGUCCUGCCCAAAAAUCGCACUACGAGGACCAUCCCAUAUCGAGAUGAUCCCUCCAUUCCACCCUCUUCUCCACCAACCCUUCCGCCAGUGGAGAUCAGCCCAGUGCCAUCACCUGAGAAGCGAAGGCCAAGACCAAAUCUCCAAAGCCGCUCAGCAUUGUCCCCCAGACCCUCUAUGGUCCACAUCUCCUCAAACCCUACGCACCCCCCUUCAAGACUUUCAAGUCAGUAUCACAAUCAUCUCAGACGGAAGAUCAGCGGGACUCGUGUACUUCCGAGGACUUCUGCUAAUGCUGCAACGGCGAUGGCUAGCUAUUCAGGCAUGAAUCGUCAAGGCCCCAUCCAGGGAGAUGAGUCUAAACUCUGCGGAAGCAACUCGCUUCAUAGUCCUGCGAGCUUGAAACGCGAUUCACUCCCCGCGGAUAGAGUGGCAGCAGCUAUGAGACGACUCAAGCUCAGGGACCAGCGGCAAAGAAUUAGUGCUGGUGGGAAGGAAAAUGUUUGGUCGGCUUGA